GACAACAUACAAAUAUCAUAGAACACCAAUGAAUUCCUAUUAGGUACUAAGAAAAAAGAAGACAAAAUCCUUAUUCCAACCUAAAAGUGGAAAAUAUUAUUAAGGUUAUAGCUGUAGAUCUGCUCCAAGAAGUACCUGAAACUUUUCUAGGUGGUCCUUUAACAAUGAAGGUUUCUUUGAGUAAAUUAAAUCCUCCGCUUGGUGGUCUUUUGGUUAUAAACCAUAUUAAAGCAACUGCCAUUGAAAAUAUUGAUAUAAAGUGGGGUGAGGAUACCACUGUUGGCUCGUACUGUUGCAAAACUAGCAAUGAUGUUGCAAGAGCAAUGGUGAAGGUUGCAUGUCCUGAGCUUUAUGGAAAUAAUGCUAAGGAAAAAGCAGAAGUAGAUCAUUGGUUAACUUUCACCUUAGGUCAUCUCUCUCAUGAGAAGAAUUUUUUCAAUACUUUGCAGGUAUUAAAUGAGAGAUUGGCACCUGUUACAUAUUUAGCACUUAAGAGGUUGACUAUUGCAGAUUAUAUUGUGUUUGCGGCAUUAUAUGUCAACAAACAUUGGCAGGAAAUGCUUAAUAAAAAUUCAGUUCCGAUUCAUAUUCUUCGAUGGUAUAAAUUUAUUAAAUCUCAAGAAGUAGUUAAAGAGACUAUUAACGAGCUCACUGAAGAACAAAUUGCAGCUUUAUUUUUGGUACAAAACCAGAAACAAAAUUUGGAAAAAUAUGUGACAGCUAGUGGUCGUGCCAGAGAGGGAAAGUUUGAGGAUUUACCAGGGGUGGAAACGGGUAAUGUGAUAGUAAGAUUUCCUCCUGAAGCGUCAGGCUAUCUUCACAUAGGUCACGCCAAAGCAGCGCUUCUCAAUCAAUACUAUCAGGAAACAUUCAAAGGGAAGCUGAUAAUGCGGUUCGAUGAUACAAAUCCCGCCAAAGAGAACGCCGAAUUCGAAAAAGUUAUAUUAGAAGACGUGGCGAUGCUAGAGUUGAAGCCCGAUUAUUUUACCCAUACAUCCCAGUACUUCGAUCUGAUGCUCGAGUACUGUGAGAAAAUGAUCAAAGAGGGAAAAGCUUAUGUCGACGAUACAGAAGCGGAGCUUAUGAGACAGCAGAGGGAACAAAAAAUUGAUUCUGUAAACAGAAAUAAUUCUGUUGCCAAAAAUUUGCAAAUUUGGGAGGAAAUGAAGAAGGGUUCUGAAACUGGACAACGCUAUUGCGUUAGAGCUAAAAUCGAUAUGCAAUCAGUGAACGGAUGUAUGAGAGAUCCUACCAUUUACAGAUGCAAAAAUGAAGUUCAUCCACGCACUGGCGAUAAAUAUAAGGUCUAUCCGACAUAUGACUUUGCAUGUCCAAUUGUUGAUGCCGUAGAGGGCGUGACUCAUACCCUACGUACUAUGGAAUAUCGGGAUCGCGAUCCUCAGUUUUAUUGGUUUAUUGAAGCAUUGGGACUGCGAAAACCAUAUAUUUGGGAGUACAGUCGAUUAUCAAUGACCAAUACUGUCCUUAGUAAAAGAAAAUUGACGUGGUUCGUACAAGAAGGGUUAGUAGAUGGUUGGGACGAUCCCAGAAUGCCUACAGUUAGAGGUGUGCUUCGAAGGGGUAUGACAGUGGCGGGUUUGAAGGAGUUCAUAAUAGCGCAAGGAUCGAGCAAAUCGGUCGUAUUCAUGGAGUGGGACAAGAUUUGGGCUUUUAACAAAAAAGUUAUCGAUCCCAUCGCGCCGCGAUUCACCGCUGUAGAAUACACCGAUCCAGUGCCGGUUCUGGUAAAGAAUGUUGGGGAGGAAUGCCUCAUCGUGCCAAAACAUCCGAAGAAUAUUGAUGUCGGUCAGAAAGAGGUUUGGAUCGGUCCGAGAUUAUUGAUUGACAGGGCCGAUGCCGAACUCUUGAAAGAGGGUGAAAAUGCCACUUUUAUCAAUUGGGGCAAUUUAAUGAUAAAAAAGGUUAAUCGUAAUAAAAAUAGGAUUGUUUCGGUUGAGGCUGAACCAAAUUUGGCCAACAAAGACUACAAAAAAACAUUGAAGUUGACGUGGCUCGCAGAGACAGAUAAAGCUAAAUUUACUCCCACAUACUGUGUCUAUUUCGAUCAUUUAAUCAGUAAACCGCUUAUUGGCAAAGACGAAGAUUUCAAGCAGUUUAUCAAUCCAAACACAAGGAAGGAAGUACAAGUGCUUGGUGACCCUGAGCUUAGGAAAUUGAAGAAGGGUGACAUCAUACAACUUCAGCGAAAAGGUUUCUUCAGGGUCGAUGUGGCCUAUGAACCUAUUAGCUUGUACUCUUGCCGAGAGCAGUCUGUUAUUCUAUUUUAUGUUCCUGAUGGACAUAAGGAAUCUCCACUUGAGUCUGUGAAGGAGAAUCAGUUACCAACCAAACAAACGACAGAAGGACUGAAUGGGACACAUUUGCAGGUGUUAGCUAACUCAGCAGAGGAAAUGAACAGAAAAAUUAUCGAGCAGGGCAAUAUCGUUCGCGACUUGAAAUCCAAGCAAGCGGCUAAAAACGACGUGGAAAACGCUUUGAAGAUUUUGCUAUUUUUGAAAGCGGAAUACAAACACUUGACUAACGAGGAUUGGAAGCCUGAUUGCGUUUUACCCAAAGCUGUGGAUAUUAAUGAAGACAACUUGACUCAAAAAAUACAAAAUCAAACCGAUGAAGUGUUAGCUAACUCAGCCGAGGAAGUGAAUAGAAAAAUUAUCGAACAAGGCAAUAUUGUUCGCGACUUGAAAUCCAAGAAAGCGGCUAAAAGCGACGUGGAUAACGCUGUGCAAAUUUUGCUAUCUUUGAAAGCAGAAUACAAACGUGUAACUAACGAGGAUUGGAAGCCUGGUUGCGUUCCACCCAAAGCUGUGGACAGCAAUGAUAACUUGGAACUAAAAGUACAAAAUCAGGCUGAUAAGGUGAGGAAAUUGAAGUCUGAAAAAGCGGACAAAUCUGUCGUCACAGCCGAGGUAAACGUAUUGCUACAACUGAAGGCGGAUUAUAAAAAAAAAAUGGGAAAAGAUUGGAUUGCUUCUAUGACAUCAAUUGUAACAUCGAACCCUAAAGUCACACUAGCUACAGAUUUGUUACAACAAAUUUCCGACCACGGCAAUAAAGUUCGCGAGUUGAAAACAAAUAAGGCUGACAAGACAGUAAUUGAUGCUGAAGUUAAAACUUUACUCGAGUUGAAGGAGCAGUACAAAGCCAGAACUGGACAAGAAUGGAAAGCGGACUUGCUAGCUAGUGCUAUUAAGGUGGAAUCAGUUGUGGAGCCACCACAUACAAACCAAGAUAAAAGCAGUUUAAAUUCACUCAUCAUCUCGCAGAGCAAAAAAGUGAGGCAGCUGAAAGCGGAAAAGCCUGAUAAAUCUCGAAUUGAUAGCGAAACAAAACUUCUUUUGCAGUACAAAUCGGAUUUUAAAAAUCUUACCGGGAAAGAUUGGCAACCGGACAACAAACUGGAAAGUCAAGUUACGAACGACGAGGCUCCAAAAUUUGGUGACGUUACGAAAGAAAUUUUAACUAACAAAAUUACCCAACAAGGCAAUUUAGUGCGGGAUUUGAAAUCUAAAAAGAGCGAUAAGUCACAAAUUGAUGAUGCCGUGAAAAUUUUAUUGGAUCUAAAAGCCGAAUACCAAAAAGUAACUGGCGAAGAGUUUACCGCGUCUGAUAGAGUUCAAAACAAGCAAAAGACAAAGGAACCCAAGUCAACUUCCACUACUAAAGAGAAGGUUACCAAGCAAAAGCCAAUUCCGAAGAAGAAAAAUUCCAUUGAGGUUGAAGAAAAUGCUCCUAAAAAACAAACCCGUCUCGGGCUGGAAGCCGCGAAAGAAGAUUCUCUCCCCGAAUGGUAUUCCCAGGUCAUCACAAAAGGUGAAAUGAUCGAGUAUUACGACGUUUCUGGGUGUUACAUUUUUAGACCUUGGUCUUUCACGAUCUGGGAGGCUAUCAAGGAUUGGUUCGACGCAGAAAUCAAGAAAAUCGGAGUGCAAAACUGCUAUUUCCCAAUAUUCGUAUCGAAGAAUGUGUUGGAAAAGGAAAAGACUCACAUAGCUGACUUUGCUCCCGAAGUCGCUUGGGUUACGAAGUCCGGCGAUUCCGAUCUUGCCGAGCCAAUCGCGGUGCGUCCAACUUCGGAAACCGUCAUGUAUCCCGCGUAUGCGAAGUGGAUCCAGUCAUACCGCGAUCUACCGAUUAAAUUGAACCAAUGGAAUAACGUGGUGAGGUGGGAGUUUAAGCAUCCGCAACCCUUUCUGAGAACCAGGGAAUUUUUGUGGCAGGAGGGGCAUACAGCCCACGCAUCUAAAUGGGAUGCCGACGAAGAGGUCAGAUACAUUUUGGAUUUAUAUGGAAACAUUUACGAGGAUCUGCUCGCGAUUCCGGUGAUAAAGGGGCGUAAGACGGAAAAAGAGAAGUUCGCAGGCGCGGACUACACACUCACGGUAGAAGCCUUCGUUUCGGCAAGCGGAAGGGGUAUCCAAGGUGCAACUUCCCACCACUUGGGCCAAAAUUUCUCUAAGAUGUUUGAAAUCAUUUAUGAAGACCCCGAAACCCAAGAGAAGAAAUUUGUUUAUCAGAAUUCGUGGGGUAUUACAACCAGAACUAUUGGUGUUAUGAUAAUGAUCCAUGCAGACAACCAAGGUCUAGUGUUACCCCCGCGAGUGGCAAGUAUACAGGCGGUCAUUGUUCCAUGCGGAAUCAGUACGAGCCUGUCGGAUGACAAUAAAAAGAAAUUACAAUCGUGUUGCGAUAAUCUCGAGAAAGCUUUGAAAGAAGCCAAUUUAAGAGUGAAAGGGGAUUACCGUCAAAAUUACUCUCCCGGCUGGAAAUUUAACCAUUGGGAACUAAAAGGUGUACCGAUUAGAAUAGAGUUGGGUCCAAAAGACGUAGAGAAGCAGCAAUUUGUGGCCGUAAGGAGAGAUACCGGAGAGAAAAUAGUGUUGCCCUUAGCGACAGCUGCCGAAAAAGUUGCCGAAUUGUUGCAGAAUAUACACGACAGUUUAUUUAAGAAAGCUUCAGAGGACUUUAAGAGCCAUACCGUGCUGUUGAAAGAGUGGGUCGAUUUUCCGUCAAAUUUGGAUAAGAGAAACGUCAUUCUUGCUCCUUUCUGUGGUCUUUCCGAAUGCGAGGACAAAAUUAAAGCUGACAGUGCGAGGGAUAAAGAAGCUGAACCUGGGGCCCCGUCGAUGGGAGCGAAGUCUUUGUGUAUUCCUCUAGAGCAACCAGAAUUGAUCAAGCCAAAUGACAAAUGUAUACAUCCAGAGUGUGAUAGAAAACCGAAAUAUUACACCCUGUUUGGUAGGAGUUACUAAACAAUUUGCCAUUUUAUUUCCCUAAGUCAUUAAAAUGUUCAAUUGAGUGAAGU